CACGAAGGAAAGAGAAAACCAGUUCAGGCGAAAGGCGUGCGGAGAGAAGGUGUCAAAAGAAGUUUGAAGUUUUGAUAGAUUACAACUCCAACCGGCUCAACCAUUUUUGGAACUGGUACGAGUACUCCAAGCUUUUGGGCGCGCCAGAUAAAAGGGAAAGAUGGCGACGCUUCCUUGUUUCAGGCUAUUCCAUUUCGAUUCCAUGGAAGAACGUUCGACAAUGUUUAUUGCGCUUGGCCUUUCCCUUUCUCUUUUUGGACUCACAACGAUAGAGGCGCUACCCGCUUCUUCUGAGCCAUUGUUCUUCAGCGAAGAAACUCUUUCAUUUGCGUACUGGAUAGUAUUAUGGAUGCUCUCCGUACAUAUCAUUUUGGUCGUCCCUAGUCUGGUUGGAUCGUCGCUUGGAAUAUCAUGCGGAAAGUACCUUUGUUGUGCAUCCAAGUCAGCUAAAAGAGACGGAAACAGAUAUGUUCCAUGGUGGAUUCGGUUCGCUUGGAGGAUGGGUUUUGGACUUGUAUUCAUCGUCUUCAAAAAUAUAAUUUACAACAGUGUUGUUUGGUGCUGUUCUAGAAUUCGACGACGAAGUUCAUGCAAUCUACCCGUUUUACGUACUCACAAUGAGUCGAUGAAACGUCCACCAUCUGCGGAAAUUCUUUGCGACGAGUCUCUGAAAGUAAAAUCAGCAUUACCCAUGGAUUCUUCCUCUCACAAAGACAAUGAGAAGGAAUAUUCUCAAGUUCAACUCAGAUCGGCACGACAAUACUUCUUUGCGAUACUAGGAGGGAGUUGCGGAAUCAUGUAUACAUUAAAAAUUCUGAGCACGAUAGGACCACUUGUGGUUCAACCGCCUUCAGAAUACGAAACCAAUAUAAUCUCGUUGGUUGUGAGCUGGAUUUGCGCUCUGGGACUCUUGAUAUCUGCUGUCUUGAACGGUUUUGGCAGUGUGUCGCUACCCUACGCAAAUUUAUGUGGAUUUUUUCUUCAAGUUCGACCCGAUUACAUCACAAAUCUGGAAUCAGAACUAAAAAGUAUUGAAAGUGCACUAUCGAAAAAGCGAAGGAUGGAAAAAGAAUUGAAAGUAGAAAUUCCAUCGCUAAGUCCAUCAAAAGCCACUAAUAGGACAGGGUCUUCAAGCAACGCUUUCUCUAUGUCAUCAAUUUUGACACUGAAAACUACGAGUAAUGGAUUUUCGGAGCUUGGAGAUGAGCUCAGGAUUCGCCGACAGAUACUUCAAACCGAGAUUUCGUUCAUGGAAGAUUUGCUUCGGGAAACAAAACUCGAUCUGGAAGAAUUAAAAGAAUCCCAGGUGACAGCCGCUGCUGCAAGGUCUUCGAUGGGCAAAAACAAAUCUUAUGUUGGAAUUUUAUUUUCAGUAAUUCUGCUCGUUCGUCUCUUAAUAGCAGGAUUUUCGAUUUUCAGGAGUUAUGGUACCCUUCUGACCAAAGGUUACGCAUCAGAUCAUCACCGUCACAAGAAACCUCAUUCAGAUAUUGUAACAAUCAUUUUGCUAUGGUUGACGGGCCAUAAUUAUUUCUCGCACAACCAGUACGCAAUGAUUUCUCAGAUGGUUUCUCUUAUACUAUCUGCGGUGUUGUCAUUCUCGCAAGUGAGAUUAUUUCUGCGCAAUGCUACCAUUGUUCAUCGCAGGUUAUCGAGAUUUUCCAAGAAGUGUUUCAACGGAGGGGGAGCAAUGGAUGGGGUGGGAUCCUCAGCGAAAGAUUCUUUGGAUCGGAAAUCGACCGUUCGCAUUCUUUGGCCAAUUAUUUCGGCAUUCUUGGGGUGCUAUUCUUUGGCGUGUAUCGUUUUGAUCAAGAUGAUGUUGCCAAAAAGAUUUUCAGUUGCGUUUUCAAAGGCUAUGGGCGAGAAAGGCAUUUUUACAAUCCAUUCUUCUAUGGUCGAUAUGGUCUUUUUCUCUUCCGCUGUUUUAAGUGCUGGUAUUUUAGGAAUGUUGUUGGGAAUUCAGCGACAAAAUAUUUCACGGCACGCUAACAUUCUGACACAACGAGGGGGAAAUGUUGCAGGGAACACUUUGCCAGACGUGUAAAUUCAAAUCAAAAGUUCUAGGGGAGGGGCUGUGUUAGAAAUGCAAAAGUUAUAAAAUAGAUAGUAAUCAAUUGGUACAAUUCCCGGCCUUCAUUGGAGUGAGUUUUGAAUGUUGCCAUUCAAUAAAAAAGGAUGAACAAUUUUUAUUCAGGUUUUGAUUCCCGACAUGGGUGGUCCCUCCAAAGAAAUUUAUUCAUCAGUA